GGCCGGGUCGAACAGCCGGACACGGGAGGCGGCUUUCCCUUCGCCCGGCUCGCAAGCCUCGGUUGACUCAGAGAGGGGACUCCGCUUCCGACCACCCUGCCCAGCCUUGGGAAGGGGGCUCCCGGGACCCGGCCCCCGGCCCGACCCCUGCACCUGAGAAGAGAAGCCUCCGAGACCCUCCGGUCCUCUGGGACGCACCCGCCUCUGAUUGCUCAGCUUGCUCUAAGGGGAGGGGGCCCGGAGCUCGGACUUUGGGCCGGCUUGAGUAGGGGUCUCCGGGACGUCCGAAAGGCAGGGAUCUCCGCUCUGCCUAGUGCGCUGCGCGCUGACUUAGGGACCGUCCGUGGUUGGGAGUUCUGGCCCCGGGUGGCUGCAGAGCUCCAGACGAUCUGUGAAAUGGGCUUCGGAGGCUGAGGAUACCAGAGGCUCUGAGUUGCCCUCAAUGAGCAGCGAGUGGCAGUCUAGGGUGGUAGACUUGCUGGGUCCCGCUGGGCCCGCCCCAGCCCCGCCCCAAGGCGGUGCUAGCACAGGCCCCGCCCCCAGGAAGGCAUUUCCGGCGCGGCGGAAUUCCGGGUACCGAGUGUGGCUGCUACUUAGUCUGCCCGGUUGUCGCCGAGAUCCCAUGAGUGCUGCUCCCCUGGUGGGCUACAGCAGCAGCGACUCGGAGGACGAGGCCGAGGCCGGGGCUCAGGGCCUGCCAGGGACUGGAUGCCGCCCUCGGGGCCGGAGCCCCCUCCCCAGCCAGAGGCUGCCCGUGCCAGACAGUGUGCUGCACAUGUUUGCAGGCACCGAUGAGGGGCCCGAAGAUGACAGUGCAAAGCACGGGGGCCGGGUGCGCACCUUUCCCCACGAGCGGGGCAACUGGGCCACCCACGUCUACGUGCCGUAUGAAGCUGGGGAAGAGUUCCUGGACCUGCUGGACGAGGUGCUGCCCCACGCUCAGACGUACGUCCCCCGGCUGGUGAGGAUGGAGGCCUUCCACCUCAGCCUGUCCCAGAGCGUGGUUCUGCGGCAUCACUGGAUCCUUCCCUUCGUGCAGGCUCUGAAAGACCGCGUGGCCUCCCACCAGAGAUUCUGCUUUACUGCCAACCGGGUCAAGAUUUAUACCAAUCAAGAGAAAACCAGGACCUUCGUGGGGCUCGAGGUCACCUCCGGGCACGCCCAGUUCCUGGACCUGGUUUCCGAGGUGGACAGAGUCAUGGAGGAAUUUGACCUCACCACUUUCUACCAGGACCCUUCCUUCCACGUCAGCCUGGCCUGGUGUGUGGGCAAUGCUCGGCUCCAGCUAGAAGGGCAGUGCCUGAGGGAGCUGCAGGACAUGGUGGACCAGUUUGAGGACUCCGAGAUGCUGCUGCGUGUGUACGCCGAGCAGGUCCGCUGCAAGUCUGGAAACAAGUUCUUCUCGGUGCCUCUGAAGUGAGCACCGAAGCCCUCCUUGUCCCAGGAUUCGCCGCGCAGGCCAAGAAAAGAUGGAGGAGGCCACAGGGACGCCUAGGGGUCCCGGCCAGCUGGUUCUCUCCCAGCCCUCUUGGGCUGCGGGGCCCAUGCUGCUGUGUUGUCAUUCCCAAAGAUCACCAGUAGAGGGCAGACUGGGCUCCCUAGUUGUAGGUCUGUGAUUUCUUGCACACACACACACACACACACACACACACACAAAAUGGGGUCACCCGGUGAGCACCCCAUACUCAGCCAGAAUCCCCAACUGUAGUCCCUCCAACAAGGGGCCCCUCCCCACACUCCCCCAAUAGUCCCUUCGCCUUGGUGUUGCGCUGUGACACCGGUGGUCUCAGACCAGCGUUUUUACCCCUUGUGCCCUGGCUCACCCCUGCUCCAGCCAGGACACGGGGUGCCUCGAUGGGACUGUCCCCCUGCCUCGCUGAAGCUCGUCUCUUCCACUUAUUUAUUUCUCCUCUCACCUCUUCCGAUGCCAGUGGAGGCCAUUGCAGGGCCAAGGGUCAGGGUGCUACUUUGAGGUAAUGCAUCGGUUUUCUCCACUCCUUCCUCCCACACGCCCCCAGCCAGGUGCCUGGGGAGACUCACACAGAUGCUCCAUCCCGGCCUCACUGGUGGUUCGACGCCAGGCCGCCAACGCGGUGUGACCUCUGGCUUCCCACCCGCUUUCCCAGCGGCAGAGAGGAGCUGCCCCCCCACCCCAGUCAGGACUCCAGUUCCUCGGCCCCUGACCGCCCACUCUGGCCCGUGGGCCUUCUGAGGGGACUCGGACAGAGGGCCGGGGUCGCACAGGACUGUGAUUCUUCAAGUUCUCACAAGAGCAAAGGACCAGGCCUCUCCAGCUGCCACUUGGAUUUCUGGGGACGGAUGAAGAGAUAUUUUUAUGUUAAGAGUUUUAAGUUAUGCUCAACGAAUAAAGAUUAGUUUUUAUUUUGGA